CCUAUUACACUUUUGAAGACAAUUUUUUCGAGCAUCCGAUAAUUCAUUCUUUUUAUCCGCACCAAAUCCCUACAUAAGCUAGCAACCAGUACGUGCAAGAAACAAGCACUAAAAUCUUCCAUCCAAAUGGAUGAUCAGACACAAUCUCAACCCCAAAUCGAGAUCACCAUUGAUCAUGCACCGACGACAGACACCGCGCAACCACAUUGCGAACCUUUGACCAUCAUCAUCAGACGAUCCUCAUCACUCAUCUUAACUAAAUUUCAUGCCGGCCACUUCAGGAUUAGCCUGUCUCUCUGCAGCCAGGCCUUACUGUGGAAAACCCUCGGAGAGCCGACCAACGACGCACAUGCUUUCCGGCGGGUGCUUUCAAUGCUACCCUCCACGGCUUUCCAUCUCUUAUGGUCACUGGCUCUAUUUACCCUACUUUUCCAAUCCCUUGUUUAUAUUCUAAGAUGUUUGUUUCGCUUCGAAAUGGUUAAGAACGAGUUUUUCAACCAUGUGGGAGUGAAUUACUUGUUUGCUCCAUCAAUUUCAUGGCUCCUUUUGCUCCAAUCAUCGCGCUUCAUUGUUCCGAGCACUAUCUACUAUAAAAUAUUUUGGUGCGCGUCUGUUGUCCCGAUAGUGGUGCUAGAUGUUAAGAUCUACGGCCAGUGGUUUACGAAAGGGCCGUGGCUGUUAUCGACUAUGGCUAAUCCGGCCAGUCAAUUGUCGGUGAUCGGGAACUUCGUGGCGGCGGGGGCGGCGGCGCCAAUGGGGUGGAGAGAGUGUGCGCUGUGCAUGUUUUCGUUGGGCAUCACACAUUAUUUGGUGCUGUUUGUCACGCUAUAUCAGAGGCUAUCUGGGAGCAGCGACCUGCCGGUAAUGCUCAGGCCAGUGUUCUUUUUGUUCAUUGCGACUCCAAGCAUCGCAAGUUUGGCGUGGGAGUCCAUUUCUGGGAACUUCGAUGUCUCAUCCAAGAUGCUCUUCUUUCUCUCUCUCUUCCUAUUCAUGUCCUUGGUUUGUAGGCCAGCCCUAUUCAAAAGAUCAAUGAGGAAGUUCAACGUAGCCUGGUGGGCUUACCCGUUCCCUUUGACGGUGCUGGCAGUGGCUUCAACCAAAUACGCGCAGGAGGUGAGGGGUGCCAGAACAAAUGGCUUGAUGCUUCUACUCUCACUGCUCUCAGUUUUGGUGUCUUUGGCCUUACUUAUUAUCACUGCACUCACUUCUCACAAAUUAGCUAGCAGUCCGGUUUGUUCAAACUCCCAAUCCUAGCCUCCUGCAAUCACCCCCGUUAAUGGAAAGCUGAGAUCUUUUUCUCUCCUUGAAAAAAUGUCUACAGGUUAGAUCCAAUCCAAUUUGUUUAUAUUUUAGGAAUUAAACUCUCAUUUCAACUUCAAUACGUAUAAUAUUUAUUUAAUUGAGAAGAGAAGGAAA